AUGAAUAUGGGUGGGGGGAAGUCGUUUCACUUUGCCCCUCGCGUCCCCGGGGAGAGUUUCAAGGAAUCGCUGGCACGCCACGAGCGUUUUCUGGCGGACGCACUCGGGCUCAAACCCGGUAUGGUCGUCGCCGACUUCGGUUGCGGUGUUGGCGGUCCGUUGCUGGAGAUUGCCCGUUAUUCGGGGGCCAGAAUCGUUGGCAUAAACAGCAACGCCUAUCAACUGGGACGCGCCAGGAGAUUCGUGGACGAAGCGGACCUGUCGCAUUUGGCCGAGUUCCUGCACUGCGACUUCCUGAACGUCGAUGCUCCGGAUGAGUCCUUUGACGCGAUCUACGACAUUGAAGCAACCUGUCAUGCACCGGACAAGGUCAGCAUCUUUGGCGAGGUUUUUCGCCUGCUGAAGCCGGGCGCGUGUUUCGCCGGCUAUGAAUACUGUUUAACUGACCGCUUCGACGCACACGACCCCCACCACCUCAAAAUCAAGGCCGACAUUCAGUUGGGAGGCAGCCUGCUGGAAAUCGCUGACCAACAGACCGUUGAUGACGCGCUCCGGUCGGUGGGGUUUGAGGUGUUGGAAACCCGGGAUCUGUCAAUACAAACCGGUCCUUCUAUUCCCUGGUAUCAGCCGCUGGUUGGUUCGGGUCUUUCUCUGGCCAGCUUCCGCAGUUCAAGGUUCGGUCGCUGGGUCACCCACAAUUCGCUGAAAACGCUCGAAACGCUUCACAUCGCGCCGCAGGGAACGGUUCGCGUAUCGGAGACCCUGAAUCUUUGUGCGGCCGCCAUGGCCGAGGCGGGCAAGCUCGGCAUUUUCACGCCGAUGUAUUUUAGCCACGCCCGAAAACCGGAAUAG